AUGAAUCCCCAUUAUCCACCGGGUCAAUUUAUUAGGCAACCAAUUCCAAUUCAACGACUUAUGAUGCGUGAUGGAUAUACAAUUCCAUCACAAUUUCCAUCUCAACAACAAGCUCAACCUCCGUGAGUUUUAUUUUUUUAUUUCAAUUUUUUGAAUCGUUCGAUUUCAGAUCUCGAGUUUUAAAACGUGGAGAUACACCAUCAUUGACAUCAAAAGCUUCAAAACAAGUUGGCGCUAAUUUUCUUCCGUCGAUUAUCAACGAAGCUUAUCAUAAUGUUCUUGAACAAGUUAUAACAGCUCUUUGUUAUUCAAAAGGAUUUGAUGAUAUUGAAGAAGGUGCUUUGGAAACACUUAUGCUCAUUUUUCAUAAUUGUGAGUUUUUGCAAAUUAUUUCGUAUUUUUGCUUCGCACAGAUAUUUCAUCACAUGACAUGAAUAUUUGUAUAUUUUUGUUAGUUAUUUGUGCAAUAUCAAUGCCAUUGGUAUCAUUCUUCCGAUUUUUAAUCAGCGGAACAUCUAAAAAUGGCUACAAUUUCAAAGAAAUAAUUUUUUUUAAAGAUAUAAAACGUGCUGGCGAACAAUCUCGAUUGGCAUGUGAAGUUGCUGGAAGAACAAUAGUUACACCUGGAGAUGCGUGGUUUGCUUUAAUUAAUAUGGGAUCUGAUGUUCAGAAAUUACCAAAAUAUUUCGAAGAGACAUUGACUAAAAUGGAACUCACUAUUCAUACUCGUAAGUUUGUUUUUCAAAAAAAAUCCAUUUGCUCUUGCGAUUUAAUAAAAAAGUAUUUUUCAGCCGAAAUUCAACCGCACGAUCAGAAAAAUGUUUCUCUGCAACUCGGAAGUACUCAACCUCACCCGUCGUAUGUUUUUGAAUGGAUGCCACCUUUUCCAGACACGCAUACUUAUAUUAGAACAGAGGUAUGAUAUUCGUUCUUCAAAAUGAUGUUCCUAUCAAAAACCGUUUCAUUUUUGCAGAUUACAAAUGAACCAGAUUUAUCAUAUAGCAAAGUUCGAACAGCAAUGGCGCAUAAAAAAAGAAAUGGAGUUACAUCACUUGUCAAUUAUAUGGUUCGAACAUAUCCGGCUUUUUGUAUUUUUCAAUCAUUUAGGAAUAUAAUUCAUAAACAAGUCAAGGAAAUUGUGGAUACUGAAGCAAAUGAGAAACGACUCGAAGAAGCAUUUAUAUCAUUUAGUGAUUUGUUGGAUUCAAAAGAUUUUGACACAGUUUCGCCAGCUUCAAAUUCAAAAAUUAUAUUUGAUAAAGGAUUAAUAACCAAAAAAGUGAGUUUGAAAACAUUUAAAAAAAUACACUAUAUUUUUAUAGGAACUUGAUAGUGGUGUUGAAAUAGCUUGUAUGUGUUCAGAUGGAACAAUUAUUGAUUUGAAUGGUCAUGUUUUGGUUCUAGAGAAAGAUGCAAUUAUUGAUUUAGAAGAAAAUGAUAAAAUUAGUUCAACGAGUUCGAGAGUUCAUUGUUUGGAAGCUGGAGUUGAUACAAUUAAAUGUGAGUUUUUUUUUUAAUUUUAAAAUUUUUAUUUACAACAGUGAAAAUUCAAAUUUAAUUUUUUUGAAAUUCAUUAUCUCGGGUUUUUCAGACGAACAGAGUGUGGAUGAAGAAUUAGAUGAAUUGAUUGAAAUGGAUUCGUGCACGAUAGAUUUAUCAGUAACAUCGCGACCGCAUAUUAAUGAAAUGAAAAUUCUUCAAGAUAAAAUUACUUUCGAAUAUAUUCCGGAAUGGGCACAUAGUGAGUUUUUUGGAGUUUAUAUAUUACCUCUGAUUAUCACUAUCAUUAUACAUUUUCAGUUUUAAUUCCAUCUUUCGAACGUCGAGCUUAUCUACAAAAUCCGCUCAUUCUUGAAAAUAAAUUCGAAGAAUCAAAUCAAGCAAAAGAUACAAUUGAUGAAGAUAAUGUAAGUUGUUUUUGUUUCAAACUACUCAGCAUUUGCGGGCGUAGCUUAAACGUAGACAGAGGGUGCAUUUAGCUAAUUCGUAGCUACGGUUUAGCUACGCAUUUUUACAAGCUGACCGCGUUGCAAGGCGAGUACUUUCGAGUGCGCUGCGGUUGCUCAUUUUGUUUUUCAUUUUUGUUUUUCGCGGCCUAAAAUUGCUACAAAAUCACAGUUUCGUCGACUUCAACCGGUUUUGAGAAGGUAAGUUACAUUAAAAUAUUAAUUUUACCAUAUGUAAUGUAUAAACUUGCAGAGAAACCGUUUGAUUCGCCCAAAAAAUUGAUUUUUGGACGAAAAGAAGAUUUCAAUAGGAAAAAUGUGAAAAUCUCGUCAAGAAGUGAAUUUUGGAAACAAAAAGUGAGUUUUUGUUUGAUUAUUAUGAUCGGUAGAGUCUAGAAACGGAGGAUUUUUGGAAUUUUCGUCCAAUCUUUUGUAAUAACGUCACUUCUCUUGAAUCUCUAGUUCUUGAUAAAUAUUUUCACUUCGCAGUCUAUUUUCAGUUCAAUAAUUCCGUUUUUCAGCUUGGAUUCCACCACCGAUCAAUCAAAACAGAAGAAGCCACCUUGCCAGCCAGAAAACAAUUCCCACCACCACCGAAAAUUCAAAUAAAUUUUUCUAUGUACUCAAAAUUCAAUUUUUAUUUGUUGAAAUUAUAUUUUUAUCAUUUUCACAUAUAAAUUGUAUAAUAAAUACAUCACAAGUUCCAUUCUAUGUGUUAAAAAUAGAAAAAUUCCUAGGGCGACUGAAAAAUGAAAACAAAACCCAUUUCCGGCACACAAACACAAAUUGCGUAGCUAAACCGUACCUAUUUGUGUAGCUAAACCGAUGUCAGCGGCUGACAUCGGUUCGUCUACGUUUAAGCUACGUACGCAAACGCUGAGUAAUUACAGUAAUAAUUCGAGAUUUUUGCAGACACCAGAUAAUCCAUAUUUUCGUGCUCCAAGUUCUUUGGAAUGA